AUAGCAUAGCCGCGGCGCCUUCGCUGUGUCGGAGGUCUGCGGGAGGAGCCUGCGGGUCCUGGAGACGAUCGCGGCCGGGGGAGCGCGCUGGGAGCACGUGGCCAGCACGGCGGGUCCCGGAGCUUCAAAUUUCAAGAAACGAUCAUCAUGAUGGAUCCGUCCAGGAGACGCGAGAGUGACUGGCAGGGUCUGGUCAGCGAGUUCCUGGUGUGCAAGCGCAAGCUGGAGAGCAAGAAGGAGGCGCUGCUCAUCCUCUCCAAGGAGCUGGACACGUGUCAGCAGGAGCGCGACCAGUACAAGCUGAUGGCCGGACAGCUGCGCGAGCGCCACCAGGCCCUCAAGCAGAAGUACCGGGAGCUCGUGGAUGGAGACCCGUCGCUUCCGCCUGAAAAGCGGAACCAGGUGAACCUGGCCCAGCUGCUGAGGGACGCGCGGGAGCGUAGCCGACAGCUGGCCGACGACGUCAAGGAGCUGCGGCAGCGACUGGCCGAGGCCCAGGGCGACAACAAGCUCCUAAGGAUGACCAUCGCCAGGCAGAGGCUGGGAGACGAGGAGGUGGGUGUCCGCCACUUCCCUCCGCAUGAGCGAGAGGACCUCGUCCAGCAACUGGAGAAGGCGGGGCUGCAGAACCAGGAGCUGGAACGAAGUCUGAAGGCGACGAGCGACGAGCUGCAGGACACCCAGGCCGAACGCGCCGCCUUGCAGGAGAAGGUGGAGCGCCUCAACCGCGAGCUCGUCCGUGUCCUGGGGGGCCACGAGGACCGCAUCGUCGACCUGGACGCGCUCUGCAUGGAGAACAGGUACCUGCAGGAGCGAUAUAAACAAGUCCAAGAGGAGCUCUGUCUGCUCAAGACCAGUCUGAUGAAGUACAAGAGUGCCUUGGAGGGGAGGAAGUUCUCCAAAACGGGCCCCCAGUCGACCAGCUGCAUGCUCACAGGGGUCAUCUCAGCCAGGCAAGUGCAGCAGCUGCUUUCUGAGGACAGCAGCACCAGGCUGUCCCCCACAGCCCAGUCCAUCUCAGAUCUGCGGUCUCUGGCCAGCGCCCUGCUGGAGACCCUCCAGGAGAAGAACAUGGUGGUGCAGCACCAGCGUCAGACCAACAAGAUUCUGGGAAACCGAGUGGCGGAGCUAGAGAAGAAGCUGAAGACGCUGGAGCUGUCGGGCCUGUGGAGUCUGCCAGGAUCAGAUGACAAGACAGAAAGUGGCGCAGUGUCGACAUGGGGACGGGGUGCAGCUGGUGCUGACAGCCACCCAAAAGUAUGGCGGGACUCCCGGACCGGUCCAGAUGGCAACGGUGCCAACGCGGACCCGCCUGUUUGUCCGCACCUGUCGCCGGGAGAUGUCCAUCAGCAAGGAGCCGAGAUCGCGAGGCUCACGGACGUGCAGGCCGUCUCUGAGCUGGGGGCCGUUCGCGCGGACCGCUUUGCUGCCGAGCGAGCCGAAGGGGUGCCGGAAGUCCCGACCGCCCCGCUCUCACGUGUCGGUGAAGUGGAGGGAGACGGGCAGAUGGCAGAAUCCCCAGUUGCCUCUCCCGUGUGGGUCCGGUCCCCAUCUGACCUCGCAUCCUUGCACUCAAACCCACAAGACCUGCUCCCCCAAGAAGAAGGAGAUCCCUCAGACUACACUGCUGGGGAAAAUCCUUAUGGGAUCACAGGUGCCCAGAUCUCCCUUUGCAAGGCAGGACAUAACACAGAAUCCUUAGCGCAGCCCUGUGAUGGCGGACACCCACGCGGCACGCUCUCGGGCCCCGACACCUCCGCAGAGCAAAGUAGCAGUUACUUCCACGAGAGCUUGGCGUAGUCUUCUCCUACGUACAAAAGGAGACUUUUGCAGUGCAGCUCCAUGCGUUCGUCUCUCUGCGGCGCGCCUUGUCCACGUGACCCACUUGGUGUGACAGUACCUCUGUACGUUACCUGUAGUGUAAGACAUCAGCAGGAGGCCAGAGAGCUGGGAUCAGACCCCUUACGCCGCAAACCCUGAAAUGUAUCAGCUGCAGAAGUAAUGGAUCAGUGAGCGGGUGUGCUUUGACUUUGUACUAUUCAGUUUGUGUGGUUUUGCGUUGGGGUUAGGAUUUUAAGAUCACUUUUCAGGGAACCUUUUUGGAAAAAUGGCAUUCUGCAGACCCACCCACCCGCAGAAAAGAGAGAAGUGAGAGUUAAACUGUGAUUUUGUGUCCAGAUUGGUGUGACUCAGGGCCCAGGUGUGGACACACAGCACUAGAACGGACGACAGAGGGUAUUGAUGGGACUCUCGAGGUGCCUGAUGGGUUUGCAGAUCUCAUGGGAUCCUCUCGAAUGGUAGUGGCUGUGAGCUCUUGCUGCGUCCUGCCGAGGGACGUUAAGCCGCCACUCCCGCCUAUCUGUGUGUCGAGAUGAGAAGCGCAUCAACAAUUUUCAGUUUUGUGUGGUCAGGUAACACGUCCUGAGCUUUUGUAAAGACGACGUUGGUGUCUCUGCGCUCCGUCUGCUGCCGGCCCAGAGCCCCUGUGUGACGCUGGACGCUGUCUGAAAAGUCUAAUGAGGUCAGAAGGGGGGACAAAAUGGACUGGAGUGGCAGAGCCAUCCAUUCUUCUGGAGGGUGCAAAUGCCCUUCUCUGGGGAUGAGCACAAUGGAAUCUGACUCUCCUCUUCCUUCUUAGAUGGACAAGCACAGUGCUCCAUUCUCCCGCCGGUCUUAGCCACGUCUAGUCUACGUAUCACCGCUGUCGGUCAGAGAGUUGUGCUUAUCGUUUAGUCACGGGUUACGUGGUUCAUGGUUAUUUAUGUUUCUGCAGCUCUUCGUAGCUUGUGCCCUUCUUUCCCUGGACUGGGAUGGGUGCACGCCUCUUGGUGUCCUUUUGUCAGCAGUCGUGUACGAAAGCGGAAAUGUGAGGGCAGGUGCCAUUGCGAAUGGGGGGGCUUGCAGAACUUCCACUUGACAGGGCUGGAAGAAAUGAUGCUAGGGGUCACCGCUGGGCAGCCCAUGCCAAAACCAAUAUGAAGGGCUGUCUCUCUGGCACAUGCACCCUGGGCCAAGAGUCCACCCGGGUGUGAUUGGCUGCCGGGGGUUCAGGGCAUCCUGGGUGGGAGGUGAGCCGAGUUGACAGCCACCAGCGUCUGCCUCUGGAGAAGCUGAGGUUGAGCGGGGCAGAUCUGAGCAUGGAGGGUAUAAUUAGGGGGCUCUUCUGGGAAAAUCGCUCAUCAGCUUGUUUUUUUCCCCUAUUUUUUUUAAACAAAAGCCAGAGGAGCAGCAGGGAGAGGCCAUGCCGUGCGCCGCUGGCUAGUGCCAGCCUACCGCACAUCGGAUUGUAGAGCGCAAAAUGCAGCGCCUUCCUGCCAGCCGGCUGUCUUGAAUUCUGUCGUCUUCUGUGGGUGGGCACAGCGUGGACCUGCAGUUCUGUGUAGAUCUUUUGGGAGAGUUCAUAUCGUUGUGAGCUGCAUAUUUGGAAUUGAUAGUUGACACGGCAGCUUUUGUGUUGGGAGUUGAUGCAGUGACAUGGAAAUGUAGGAUCUCUGCAAACAAUGGGCACAUUGAAAGGAGUGCUUUCUGGCUCAUGCCUUUAUUGCUGAAGGGCAGGGGUUUUCUGUAGUUAAGCUCCAUUCUAGCAGUUCGUAGGUGAUGUUGCUCAGGUCUUCAUAUAAAUCAUUUCCAUGUGAUCCUGAGUUUUUUUUUGUCCCUUCUGUGGAUAAUA